AGGAUGCCAACAUUAUUAUUUUCCAGGUCGUAUAUAUAUAUAUAUGUGUAUAGUAGAUAUAGAAGUACACAAUAACAAUCGAUCCAAAUAUAUGAUCACUUUUGUGUCAUAGAGUUGAGAGGACACCCCGCAGAGGAAGGAUCCUGCCAUGUAUGAGAUGCAGCCAGUGCCUGUCCCCUCUUCUUCGCCCUCCACCUCAUCCUCCUCUCCGCACUCAUCAUACUCAUCUUCUUUGGCUGGGGACUCGGAGAUUGAUGUGGAGAGUGUUGAGCUGGAGGGGGACAGCCGGCACCUGGAGCCCCACAGGACAGUAGAGGUAGAGGAAGAGGAGGAGGAGGAAGAUGAUGAGCAAGACGGGGACGGAGUGGCGCACACAAAACAGCAACUCCAGCACAAGACUGCCGACAAGGGAGGAGAACAGAGGAAGCUGAGCAGGACCCCCAAGUGUGCACGUUGCAGGAAUCAUGGGGUCGUAUCCUGCCUCAAGGGCCACAAACGUUUUUGUCGCUGGAGAGACUGUCAGUGUGCCAACUGCCUGCUGGUGGUGGAGAGGCAGAGGGUCAUGGCGGCACAGGUAGCCCUCAGGAGGCAUCAGGCCACUGAGGAUAAAAAAGGCUUGACAGGGAAGCCGACUGUAACAGAGAGAAAAACAGUUUAUCAGCGACAUAUUAGGACCCCUAGCCUGCUGGCCAAGAGCAUAUUAGAAGGUUAUCGACCACUGCCAGCAGAUUCUUAUAUGGGGCCCAACUCUCCACUGCCAGCUCCUGUGAGUGACAGGAUGAGGAAGAGACGGGCUUUUGCUGAUAAGGAACUGGAGAACAUUAUGUUAGAGAGGGAAUACAAAGAGAGGGAGAUGCUGGAGGCCUCUCAGUCUUCCAACCUUUACCUACCCAGCCGAAUGUUGCACGCUGCAGAGUACAACUCCUACAAAGCUGCUUUCGGGAACUCACAGGCUGAUAACCCUAACAAAGAAUUCUGUAAUUUUUUGCCCACUUGCCUUGAUCUCACCAUGCAGUAUUCAGGAUCAGGGAAUGUGGAACUGAUUUCUUCUAAUGUCAGUGUGGCCACAACAUACAGACAAUACCCUGUCCCUUCCAGGUUUUUGGUUUGGCCCAAGAGUGGUCCGAUCACUGAUGCCCUUCUAUAUCAACAGUGUCUAUUAAAUGCAACAGCCAUGCAAGCGCUAAAGCCUGGGUCAAACUGGGACUCAAAAUCCAGCUCAGUGAUAGAAUGCCAGCCUACAGAACAGGAGUCGGCACCUCCAAAAAUGGAAACACAAAUGAUGCUUUCUCAGCACAUUCCACAGGACAGUGGAGAAAGGUCUGCAUUUUCGCCUCCAAAAAGGAACUUUUCACAAGUCUCUAACAGGGACCAUUUGUCUCCAUCAGAGAGCUUAAUUAACAAGGUCAGCAAGGAAGCCGCCAAACAGCCUUUGUCUCUAAAGUAUAGCCCUUUCCACUCAUUAUUUCAACAAGCACAUCUUGAGAAGUCAUUGUCUGACCUUAAAACUCCUUGUAUCAAAGACCCCUAUGAAGAACCUGCAAAGAAAUUCAGAGAAUGUUCAUCCAAGGAAAACCAGAAAUACAAAUUAACUAUUGACAGGUUCAGCAAGGACUUUUUCGUAGGGAAAGACACAGGGACAAAACUUUCUGUCAAUGAGCCCCUACCAUUUUCUGUUGAAUCAAUCCUCAAGAUGCCUUCAAGCACGGCACAACGCUCCAAUCAGUAGACACUAGUGACUGCUGGAUUAGCUGCUGCAAGCCACCAGAAUUCCUUCAUAAUGAAGUCUUUCUAAACAUCUGUGUAUUGUGCAUGGUCUCUUGAGGCUAUGUACAGCACGUACACUUGCAUAAUGCUACUCUUUUGUACAAAUUAUAAUAUUUAAAUGUAAAAAUGUGAUCUACACAUGUGAAUUGUAAAAUAUUUGAAUAUAAA